CGUGAUAGUUAUCAUCACGUGGUGACUCAGCGGAGGACCGUUCUGCAGUAGCUGCAGUCGAUUGCCUAGUUCUGGAGAAAUAUCCUGCGCUCACAAUGUCGGCGAAAGUUCCCAGGAAUUUCAGACUCCUCGAAGAGUUGGAGAAGGGUGAGAAGGGUCUGGGAGCAGAGGCAUGCUCGUACGGUCUUGCGGAUGGAGAGGAUAUGAUGAUGAGCAACUGGAACGGUACAAUCCUUGGACCUCCUCACAGCGUUCAUGAGAACCGGAUAUACAGUGUCAACAUCCACUGCGGCGCCGAUUACCCUGACAACCCUCCCUCGAUCCAAUUCAUCUCGCGUGUCAACAUUCCAUGCGUUGACCAACGAAGUGGAAAGGUUGAUCCUACCAAGCUGCCCUGCCUUGCUCAAUGGAAGCGUGACUACACCAUGGAAACUGUCCUGCUCGAACUCAGAAGAUACAUGGCUCUGCCGCAACACAGAAAGCUGCCUCAGCCGGCUGAAGGCUCCAAUUUCUAAGUUUCUUUUCAUGCAUAGUUUAGAAAAUCACGAACGCGGAGUAUUGCGGUUGGUUUUUGCUAUUUGUUUCUUUCUCUGUUGGCAUUGCUAGAGCGUAUAUAGUCUAUGCAUACCGGCAGGCAUCGGCGCGGUUUCUUCUUCAUUAGUGCAUGACUUCUUUCGCAAC